AUGGCAGUACAGUCCGAGGUUGCUGCACAGAGCGCGCCCAAGUCGACACACGUCCAGGAUGAAGCUCUCCAGCCGUUUCUUCAACCUCAAUUCGAUCCGGCCGAUUACCUCAAUGCCACCCUGCCUUCGUUAACCUUCUCGAACCCUACUAAAGAUCGCGUUUCCCUCGCCGAUCUGUCCACGCAAACCCAGACUUUGAUCUCGCAACUCAAUGUGCAAACGUCGCGUCUCACCAACACUCUCAAUCAGCUCACCGAUGACAUCCUACGAAGCGGCAGCAGGCUUGCCUACCAAGUUGAGAUGCUCCGCGGUGAGACUGCCGGUCUUACAGACGCCUUGAACACCUCGCUUCGACCUGAAAUCGCCCUAUUCGCUCCCUCAAUCCUAGAAGAGUCCACACAACCCGAGGCAGACGACGUUUCUCCCGACCAACCUGUCGUAUCAACUUCAACUCAGCCCAUCGAACCAGACUAUAUCUCGAAGCUUCGUACGCUCGUCAUGGUGCGGCAGCGCCUCGAUUCCGUUAUCAAAGUCUUUGGCGAGGCCAUGGCCUGGCCUAUCGCCCCCUCCGAGCUUGUUUCGUCCUCGUUCAUUUCGGUAUCAGCUCCCUCGGCUGGAGGUCCUGAAGAGACGCGCAAUCGUGAAGAGAAGGCAAAGGAACAUGCACAAAAGCUGCGCGAUGAGAUCACUCAAUUACUACAGAGUGCUGUCUCGGCAGAAGAAGGCAUCAACGCUGCAAUCAAAAGACUCGACGAGUUGAGAGACCUCGCUUCCAUCUGGAAAGGCACUGCUGAGGAAAAAGCUCGAGCACGCCAGAUCGACACUCUAGAAAAGAUCAUCGAGGAUGAGCAGAAGGCUCUCGCUCGCAAGGCAGAUGCGAAAAAGCGCACAGCAUCUCCUGCGGCAGUCGACUACAAGUAUAACAACAGCAGUGAGCCAAAGGGUGCUAGCAACCAGGGCAGCGGCUACGGAUUCAUGAACAACUUGCGUCGUAUCAAAGACGACAUUUACCUCGAUUGA